AUGCGUCAAGAAGCGAGGCAAAGAAGCUUCUUUAGAAGGGGAGGGGGAGGUGGUGGUGGUGGAGGAGGUGGAGGAGGAGGCAUUGGAGGAUUCUUCAGUGGGUUGUACAAGCGGCAUUACUGCUGCUCGCCAGUGGUUGCUAUCGUGCUCAUUUGGCUGAUAGGCUUUGGUAUCUGGAAUAGCGGCCUUUUCAGAAGCCGAAAUUCCUCCCCAUCCGCUCCCACCAUCGGGCAAGACGAUGAUCCCUAUGCCAGCGGCCAGCCUGGCGACGAGGCAUGGACAGCAAAGUCAACCAAGACCUCCAAACCGACCAUCACCGGCACCAAUCCCUCUCUUUCUGACGCGUCUGACGACGAUGAUGACCCCUGGUCCUCCAAAAACACCAAUCCUGGUGGUUUGGUGACGUCGCCCAGCCUCGGCAAUGCAGGUUCGGAAAGCGAUUAUGGGGAUGGUCUGGGAGGGUCGGAAGGAUCAGAAGCAGCAGGAGGAAUAGCAGUUGGGAAAGAUGUCAAUAUCAAUGCUGAAACGCCCCAACCAGCCGCUAAGACGGGAUGGUUUUCUUGGCUAUGGGGGGGUAAGAAGAAGGAGGAGAGCACUAGCGCUGCACCAGAUGGGGAGGGUGAGGACAGCUCGACCGGGACAGGCGGGUACAGACCCGGGAGCGGGUCCGGGAUGGGUUUUGGAGAUGCUAGUAACGAGGAUGAGGAAGACGGAGAUGGAGGGAUGGGAGGGACGACAGGUUGGGGUUCGAAGCUAGCUGGUUCCAGGUCUGGGAUUGGUAGGACAGGAGGGUUUGGCGGAUUGCCGUCAACGGGUAUGGAGGAUGACGAGGAUGAGGAGAGUGGUGGUGGUGGUGUGGGCGGAGGGAGAGGGAGUGCGAAGGGAGGGGCGUUUGGGGCGCGAGAUGAGGGGUUUGGGGGACGUACGGGUGGGAGGAUGGGCGCAUUUGCUGGGCGUGGUGGUGCUGUGAAGAGAAAGGGGAGUGCUUUUGGCGGGGAUGAGGAGGACGAGGAGGAGGAUGGGGAGGGCGGGGGAGGGAGCGGAGGGGCGUUUGGGGGAAGGCUGGGGAGUGUUGGUUCGGGAAGGAUGGGCAAGCUGGGAAGUGGGGGGAUGAAAGGCGGGUUGUGGGGGAGGGGGGUUGGGCGGAGAGGAGGGGAGGACGAGGAGGAGGAAGGGGAGGGGGGUAUUGGUAAUGCGAUUGGGCAGAUGAGAGGAAAGGCGGCCAAGGAAGCAGAGGGGUUAGCAGCCCGACUCGGCAAGAAGAACCCGCGAGCAAAGACGAAGGGAGGGAUUGCAGCGGCAGAGGAAGAAGAGGAGGAGGAUGAUGAGGAGGAGGCGGAGGAGGAGGAGGCGGGGCGGGGAACGGGGCGUGUGAAGCAGGCGGGGAGGGUGGGGAAGGAUGCAGCGAAGAGGAAGGAGGAGGAGCGAGUGGCGAGCAUGUUCUAUGGCACCAGGGCUGCAGACGAGGCGCCCAGUGUGGAGGACGCGCAGGUGGAGGAGGAGGAGGAGGCUCCAGGGGAGGAUGACGAGGGGCUGCUUGAUUUUGCCUCGCUUCGCAUCCCAGGCACUGGCGUGAGGGGCACCAAGGUGAUGGAUCUGGAGAGGCAGCUGGCGUGUGUGGCGAGGGAGGGGCGAUGGGCGCUCAAUUCCACGCCUCGCUGGCUGCCGUGGGACCUCAACCCACUCACAGUCAAGGAGCAGCCCAACUACCGCACCUGUGACAUGCUGCACGCCCAGCGAGAGGGUGGCAUCUACGGUCUCCAAGCCGAACGAAUUCACCAGAAGCACUCCCUCUCACCCGCCAUUCCCUUGUCCUUCUUGGGAUUUCCUCUCUCUCACGCCUUCCUUCUUGUUCCUCCCCUCGCUGUUCAUCCUCCCACCCGUCCAGAGAGGGUGGCAUCUACGGCCUCCAAGCUGAGCGAAUCCGCCAAAAGUACUCCCGAGCCUCCCGCCGCCGAGGCUCGGCCGCGCCGGACUGGAAGCGAGCCGGAGCGGUGCCCGUUGGUGCGGUUCGACAGGGAGGGAUCCUGCCGGGCAGUGCGGGGGCGGAACGUGGUGCUGGUGGGGGAUGCUUUCAGCCUUGACAUGCAUGAUGCGGUGCUGAAUCAUCUGGUUACUGCUGCCACCAAGAGAGACGCUGGUCGACUAGGCGAUGGAUGGGCCAAUGCCACAGAGGGCGCAUGCUUUGAGGCAGGCCACCAGCUGUGCACCGACGUCCCCAUUACCCCCACCUCCGCUCUCCCCACCUCCACUGCCUCUGGUUCGUACGGCAAAGGUCCCCCUGACACCACUGGCGGAGCAGCAGCAGCAGGAGCAGGAGGAGGAGCAGGAGCAGGAGCAGGAGCAGGAGGAAGGGGAGGCGUAGAUGGGCUGGAAGGAGAUGAGGAAACGGGGUUUAACUUGCGUGUGGUGCUGAACCCGUUUCUGACACCCGACACGGGCCGCCCCACGCGCUACAACACCCGCUGGCUGCGCCGCCUGCGGCGGUGGCGCACGGAUAUCCUCAUCCUCUCGCGCACUGCGCUCUUCAACGACAAGGAUUUGAUGCUACAGGAGGUGCGGGACACACUGGAGGCAGUAAGGGAGCUCUAUCCGGACAUGCUGGUCAUCUGGCGCAACUCCCCUGCAGGUCACCCCAGCUGCCACCGCUUCACCCGCCCGCUCAAGCGCCGCCCCAAGCCGCUGCAGCUCAAGGGGCAGCUGCCAGCCACGUGGACGCGGCACGCUGAGAUGAACGCUGCCGUGCGGUCGCUGCUCAAGGAGUACGGAGUGGUGUACCUAGACGUUGACUCAGCCACGUCGCUGCGCCCGGACGGCCACCACAGGAGGCUGGACGGUACAGUGGACUGCCGCCACUACUGCAUGCCGGGUCCCCUCGACCACUGGGUCUCGCUGCUCUACAACCUGCUCCGCCUUAUUGAUUCCCACUCCCAGCCACAACAGCAGAGAGCGCAGCAGGGGUUAUCACCCCAGCCUGUCAGGCCCGGAGCAAAGGGCGAGAGAGGAGGAGCAGCAGGAGUUUCGGAUGAUGGGGUGAAGGAGGGAGGGGAGGCUGGUGGUGUGACGCCAGCAGAGGGAUCGAAAGAGGAAGCAGGGGAGGCAGGGCAGGGAGACAAGAAGACAGAAGAAGUUGGAGGGGGAGUGGAGAGCAAGGAUGAAGGGAAGACCAGUGAUGGUGCUACUGGUGGUGCUGACAAUGGUGGUGGUGCUGCUGCUGGAAGUGGUGAUAGCAGCAGCGGCGGUGCAGAGUCAUUCCCACCUCCAGACGAUGCUACACCUGCUGCUGAAGCAACGCCUGCUACUCAGGCCACAGCACCUGAACCCCUCGCGCCUUGCAGGAACUACUCAGAGUGCAUACCAGGGACGGCGGUGCGGGGCGCACAGGCAGUGGAACAGACCAACCGUGAGAUGGCAUGCCUGGCGAAGGAGGGCCGUUGGAUCAAGUUCAACACGCCCCGCUGGCAGCCCUGGAGCAAGGACCCCAACCGCAACCCGCUUGCGCCUCACUACGGCACCUGCGACAUCCUGCACCGCAGAAACAAGGGCGUGUUCGGCAAGGCAGCGGAGGACAUCCGGGUGUCGGGGAACGGCGAGUGGAACGUGCGGCCGGAGCUGAAGCACACGUGGAAGGCCAGCCGCUUCUGCCCGCCGCUCAACGGGUACAACCGCGACAAGUUCUGCCGCGCAAUGGGGCAGAGGAAUGUCGUCUUUGUGGGCGACCAGUCUCAGCUGGCGCUGCAUGAUGUGUUCAUUAACCACGUGCUCACCAUGAAGACUGCCAAGGAUAUCGGCACGGCUGCAGAUGCUUGGGAGGAGAACGAGAUUCCAUUGUGCCACCGCAAGCCCCACAUCGUGUGCUCGGACCAUGUACCCGGGGGAUUCACCUUCCGAGUUGUUCACAACAACCUGCUCUCUCCCGACUCGGCGGGCGGCGGCAAGUUCAACCAGCGCUGGCUGCGCCACCUCGCAGAAUGGAACGCCUCCAUCGUCGUCCUCAACAAGGGCUUCGAGAAGAGACCAACGCCCAAGUACCUGUCCACGCUGCGCGCGUCGCUGGCAAAGCUACGAGAGGUGGCACCAGACGUGCUGCUGGUGUGGCGCAACACGUGGCGCGGCCACCCCGAGUGCGGCAAUGCCACGGAGCCACUGAAAUCUGUGCCGCACAAUGAGACACAGGACAGCCCGUGGAGCUACGUGGUGGAACAGAACGAAGGGGCCAAGGCCAUUGUGAAGGAAUUUGGAGGCCUUUACAUUGAUCUUGAUUGGUCGCUGUCGAUGCGCCCAGACGGGCACAUCAAGAAGCUGGACGGGUCCAUGGAUUGCUACUACUACUGCUUGCCCGGCCCGCUCGACCACUUCAUGCGGCUCUUUUAUAACAUGCUUCUUUUGCUGGACUCUAAAGCAGCUGCUUCCACAACUGGGCCUCAACAAACAUAA